AUGAAAAAAUUGUUGAAGCUUCAUAUCACAUCGCCUUCAUGGUGGCUCAGCAAAAGAAACCCCAUACCUUAUGUUAUUUGUCACGUUGUAUUAAGUAACGAUGCCCUCCGACCUAGUCGACUAGAACGACAUUUAACCACAGCUCAUCCGAUGCUAAAAGGAAAACCUAAAGAGUUUUUUGUUGCUAAAAACAAUUCUUCAAGUAAAAUGAAAAUUGACCAUACCGGUGAGUUUCAACAGAAUAAUGAAAAAAUUGUUGAAGCUUCAUAUCACAUCGCCUUCAUGGGGGCUCAGCAAAAGAAACCCCAUACCUUUGGUGAAACAUUAAUUAAACCUAGCAUACUUAAAGCUGUUGAAAUAGUACUUGGCGAAGAAAGCAAAAGGAAAAUAGCUCAAUUAUCUCUUUCAGAUAAUACAGUGAAACGACGUAUAGACUGUCAUUUUAUUAAAGACCAUCAUGUCCUAUCUGAUGAAGUUGGUGGAUUAGUUCAACUUGUAAUUGAAGAAAAUUAUAAAGAAUUGUUAUACAACAACAAUCGUAAACCUGAGAAGAAGCUAAUAUAUAGAUAA